UUGAAAUCAGAGAUAUACAUGACACACCGUGCAGGGUUACUUUUUCACUUUGCAUUGGCAGUGUGUUCAGAGAAUCAAGAUCUGAACAGUGAUAGGGUCGCCUUUUUUGCGGCCUUUGUUUGGUCCACCUGCUGCUCAUGCCAGUUGUGAUUGCUGCAGCAGUGGCAAAGCCUGUUGCGCCUGUGGAAUUUGACGAUGAUGGGCUGCAGAGAAAGCUUCCAGUGGUGGUGUUUUCUCAUGGAAUGUGCGCAAUGCGGACAACAUACGCGGCAUUCUGCUGUGACCUUGCAUCAUAUGGCUAUGUUGUGGCGGCGAUCGAGCAUCGUGAUGGCUCUGCUUGUGUUGCAAGCUACAGCACAAAGAAAGGACAACAAGCUUGGUUACCACACUCCCACGUCGGCCCUCUUGCAUCGGUACCGAUGGAGAUCAGGAGAAUUCAGCUGCGCCAUAGGGUCCUAGAGGUCCAACAAGUGCUGGAUUUGCUGGAGCGGGUAAACGACGGAGAUAUAUCUGCAUCUGCGAAUCUGAGGAGUGGGCGGGCAAGUAUGAACCCUAGUUUGCUAAAAGGGUGUCUGGACUUGGAUGAUAUUGCUCUCGCUGGGCAUUCUUUCGGCGGAGCGACAGCAGUCUGCGCAGCUGGGGUCGACAAGAGGGUGAAGUGCGUUGUUGCAAUGGAUGCAUGGUGGGAGCCCUUCGGCAAGGACGAAUACGAGCGGCUUGGCGGAGGAGUGCCACUUCUGUGUGUGGAUUCAGUGCAGUUCGAUUGGCCGAACAUGCGGCGCAUGAGGGAAGAGUUCUUCAAACUAAGAUGCCGAUGUACGAAAAACGGGUUGCAAAUGAUUACCAUGGCAUAUGUGAUUAAGGGAUCGGCGCACGCAAACCAGUCAGAUUUUCCGUUGGUUCUGCCAUGGCUUACGAGGAAAAUGAGGAUGGCCGGGUCGCUGGAUGCAAAUUUGAACCGGCUCAUCAACAGCAAACUCUGCCUGGAUUUUCUUCGUCAGCAUCUGAAGCCUCCCGGGACAGAGUGGCUUGCAGAGAUUGACAUGACAGAGAAGGAGGCGACACAUCUGGAGCAGCAUCCGAUGUGGUUCAGUGAGUGAUGGAUGGCGUUCAGCGAGUGAUGGACGGCGUUCUUUCGGGGGAGACAGCACACACGUGGUUUUGAGUCACGGCAUCCUCACACAAGGACGUUUAUGACUGAGCUCUGGACGUGAUUGCGGUCAGAUGCAUCCAGGUCCAGCUGUAAUUGCAGCCGGAUCCAUUUAGCAAAGUGUUCUAUUGUGAAUAUGCCCUCAAUGACGUACGUAAUUGGAGAAAGCCUAGAAAGGAAGGUGACAAAUCUAACAAGUCUGAAAAAGGCUCAAAAAAGCUAAAGGUGACAAAUCUAACAAGUCUGAAAAAGGCCCAAAAAAGCUGAAAAGGGGGCCACUCUGACGAAUCUGACGAAUCUGACAAAUCUGACACGUCUGACCAAUAUGACGAAUCUGUUACGUCUGACAAAUUUGACAGACCUGACAAAUCUUACCGAGGUAAAAGAUUGACUGUGCAGUGACUUGGUUUACUGUGCAGUAACUUGCUUUUGAGCCACCGCUACUUUACCCUUUACAACUGUGCUUGUUACGGUUUAAAAUGAAUAGCCUUUUUUGAA